UAUGAUUCCUCUAAAUAUCCAUCAAAUUAGCUAAGAAGAAAAUGACUUGAGGGCUCUCACAUUUACAAGCUGUUGUGACUGAGCAAAGUCACUUAAUUUCUUUGAACCUGUUUCAUCUAUAAAAAGAAUAGAAUAAAAAAAUAGGGGGCAUCUGGGUGGCUCAAUGGAUUGACAGUCAGGCCUACAAAAGGGAGGUCCUAGGUUCAAAUCUGGCCUCAGAUACUUCCUAGCUGUGUGACCCUGGGCAAGUCACUUCACCCCCAUUGCCUAGCCCUUACCACUCUUCUGCCAUAGAACCAAUACAGUAUUGAUUCUAAGGCAGAAGGUAAAGGGUUUAAAAAUAAAUAAAAAUAACAUAAAAAAGUAAGCCUGUGAUUCUUUGUCUUGGUUUUGAAUCUUCAUUCCAUCCCUUAAGUAUCUGUAUGAUCUUGGUCAAAUCACUUAAUCUCUGUGGUCAAUCAAGAAACAUUUAUUAAAGAACUUCAGGCCCUGUGCUAAAUGCUGGGAAUAGAGACAAAAAUUAAAAUAUGCCCUUCACAAAUUUCCAUUUUAUAGGAUGACAUAUAAAUUUGUACAAGAUAGUUAAAAGUUAGGCAGCCCUGGGACAGGUACAAUUGGCAGUAAAUGCAUUCCAGGCAUGAAAAGAGUGAUGUGUAGAAGGGAAUAUUAAAAAGAUCAAUUUAGCUAAUGUCUAAACAGCUAGGUGGCACAGUGGAUAGAGUGCUGGGCCUGGAGUCAGAAAGAUUUGAGAUCAGAACUGGCUUCACAUCCUAGCUAUGUGACUUUGGGCAAGUCACUCAAUCCUGUUUGCCUCAGUUUUCCUCAUCUGUAAAAUGGGCUGGAGAAAGAAAUGGCAAACCACCCCGGUAUCUCUGCCAAGAAAAUCGUAAAUGGGGUCACAAAGAAUAGACAGGACUGAAAAAGACUCAACAGACUGCAUGCAUGAAGUAAUGCAUAAUAAGACUGGGAAGGUAGUUUAGAACCAGGCUGGAAUGGGCUCCCAGGUUCCAAAAUAAUUGAUUUUCGUGAUAACAGCGUUAGCAAUAUCGCUUUGGUAACUGUGUGGAAGUCGGAUUGGAAAGGAGAACCGGGCACAGAGAGACCAGUUAAGAGGCGAUUGCAAUAGUCUAGGCGAGAUGUGGGUCAUCAGUUUCCUUCUUUGUAAAAUCCGGGAUUGGACGAAAUGAGCUCUCAAGUCUCUUCCUGCUCUACACCUACUGUCCUAAAUAGGCUCUAGUGAACGGCAGGUGGCGCCCGCAGACAGGAGGUCUCGCCAGCCGCUCCUUUAAGACUUCCGUCUGAUUAGAGGCCUCAGGACCUUCGAACUCAUCCCGAAUACUCGAGCGGCGCCACUCCGACUCUCCGCAGAGCUUGGCUGCCCCCCAUCCGGAGUGCACGUGCAGCGAGGAAGGCAGAGCUGCUCGAUCUCGGCUUCCCAUCUUCCAAGACUAGACAGAAGGGAUCUUUAGCCGUCUGCUACUCCAACUCCAGAGCUGAGGGGGGAGGGGAGGACGCCGGCAACUGUGGCCAAGAUCCCAGGCUCUCUGCAAGCCUGGCGCUCCCUGGCCUCCGGGCUCGCUGCAGGACCGCGGCCACCCUAGGGAUACAAUGUACGAGCAAACGGAGCUGCAUCGGGGGGCAGGGCCAAGGUCAAGAUCAGAGCAAGACGCGCCCCGGCGCGCAGCCGCCGCCGGGGAGCCGCAGCGCCGCGCUCUACGUCCACUGGCCGUACUGUGAGAAGCGCUGCUACUAUUGUAAUUUCAACAAAUAUAUCCCCCGGAGGCUAGAUGAGGAUGCCAUGCGGACAUGCCUUGUGCAAGAGGCAACAACACUGCUGAAACUCAGUGGGGUGCAAAGGAUCAACUCUGUGUUCUUUGGUGGGGGGACACCAAGCCUGGCCAGCCCUUACACUGUGGCCUCAGUGUUGGAGGCUAUAGCCCAGAACACCCACUUGCCAGCCAAGGCUGAAGUGACCCUAGAGGCCAAUCCUACCUCAUCCAAGGCAUCAAGGCUGGCUGCCUUCCAAGUGGCAGGGAUCAAUAGAAUUUCCAUUGGCAUUCAGUCCUUAGAUGAUACAGAGCUCCAGCUGCUGGGCAGGACACACUCGGCGUCCGAAGCCUUGGGCACCCUGGAAGAGGCCCGGCGUCUGUAUCCAGGGCGCACCUCUGUGGACCUCAUGUUCGGCCUCCCAGGGCAGCAGGUGGAACCGUGGCUUGGGCAGCUGCAGGAGCUGCUUUCCCGCUGCGAUGACCACGUCUCUCUCUACCAGCUGACCCUGGAGAGGGGCACGACGCUCUUUGCCCAGGUCCAGCGAGAGACCCUGCCCUCUCCCGACCCAGAAACUGCGGCUCAGAUGUACCAAGAUGGGCGAGAGGUCCUGAGGGAGGCAGGCUUCCGCCAGUACGAGGUGUCCAACUUUGCCAGAAAUGAAGCUCUCAGCAGCCAUAACUGGACCUAUUGGCAGGGUGGUCAGUACAUAGGUGUGGGCCCUGGGGCCCAUGGGCGAUUUGUGCCUCAGGGGGAUGGAGGGAGCCUCCGGGAAGCUCGCAUCCAGACCUUGGAACCUGACAACUGGAUGAAGGAAGUUUCAGUGUUUGGACAUGGCACCCGGAAGCGAGUGCCCCUGGGAGAGCUGGAGCUACUGGAGGAGGUGUUGGCUCUGGGGCUGCGCACAGACAUCGGAAUCACUCACCAGCACUGGCUGCAAUUUGAGCCCCACUUGUCCCUGUGGGAGGUGUUUGGGGAAUCUGAGGAAGUGAGGGAGCUUCAAUCCCAAGGUCUUUUGCUGCUGGACCCCAGAGGACUCCGGUGUUCCUGGAAAGGGCUGGCUGUGCUGGAUACUAUUCUGCUGAGACUCCUCCUCCAGCUCCAGAAUGCCUGGGAAAACAGGUCUCCUCCCACCUUCAAGGUCACCAAGUCAGGAGCUGCCUCCCCAAGAGGCGAUUCAUGUUUCAAGUAUGACUUGGACUAGGUGACCUCAGAGGUGCACGCCAGCUUUAAAACUACGGUUCUAAUCUUGGAGAGAGCAGGAUGUGCCAAUUGGGGGGAGGGGCAGGGACCAGAAUGAGGGUUAGCCUUUUCCCUAACCUUUGAUGGGGAAUUGGAGGGAUGAAAGCCAUGGUUAUUUCUUGGGCAGAAGGGCAGCUAGGUGGUACAGUAGAUAGAAUGCUAGACCUGGAAUCAGGAAAACCUGAGUUCAAAUUCAGCCUUAGGCACUUCUUAGCUAUGUGACCCUGGGCAAGUGACUUAACAACUAUCUGCCUCAGUUCCCUCCACUGUAAAAUAGGGAUAAUAGGGACUGCUAGUUGCUCUGGGGAUAGAGGGUUGUGCUUGGAAACAGAAGAUCCUGGGCUCAAAUCUGGCCUCAGAUACUCCCUAGUUGUAUGACCCUGGGCAAGUCACUUAACCCCUGUUGCCUAGCUAUUGCUGCUCUUCUGCAUUGGAACCAGUAUUUAGUAUCUAUUCUAAGAGAGAAGGUAAGGGUUUUAAAAACAAAAAUAGGGAUAAUAAUAACACUUACCUACGAGGGUUAUCAUGAGCAUCAAAUGAGAUAAUUGUAAAGUACUUAGCACAGUGUCUGGCACAUAGUAGAGGCGUAAUAAAUGCUUAUUCUAUUCUCCUUCCUUCCUUCCUCUCUCUCUCUCUCUCUCUCUCUCUCUCUCUCUCUCUCUCUCUCUCUCUCUCUCUCUCUCUCUCUCUCUUCCCUUACCUUCCAUCUUAGAAUUAAUAUUAAGUAUUGGUUCCAAGGCAGAAGAGUGCUAAGGGCUAGGCAAUGGGGGUUAAGUGACUUGCCCAGGGUCACACAGCUGGGAAGUGUCUGAGGCCAGAUAUGAACCCAGGACCUCCCAUCUCUAGGGCUGGCUCUUAAUCCACUGAGCCACUCAGCUGCCCCCCUUCUUUCUGUUUUAAAUAUUCUUGGUGUCCUUCCAGAGGCUAUGACUAGACAUCCACUGAGGGGCAGAGAUUUGUGGAGUUGUAGCCAGGCCCCUUCCGAGCCUCUCAGAACCCCUGGAAACAUGAGAGCUGUCAGGUCUAACAGAGGUUCUUUAACCAAUCCCCCCUUCCUUCCCCUCUUCCUACUUAUCUGACUCUCCAUUCUUUAUACCCAUCUAUACCCCAAACCCUUAAGUAUGAUGCUUAGAUGUAUUGGAUACCCGGGCGUUUUCCUUAGAAGUUGCUGGCUCCAAGAAUAUCACUAAUUCACCAUGGUGUGAAGUAGAGGAGCCCUUUAGAAGUGGCUGGUCAGGAGGAGGGCAGGAGGCCUUUUCUUGUGGCCAGGAUUAGGGGACAGAGGCAAACAGACGCUACCACCCCAUACUUCCCCCUGGAUUGAAGAGGGUGGAGAAUAUGCCUUAGAUUUAUUUAUUUUUAAAACCCUAACCCUCCAUCUUGGAAUCAAUACUCUGUGUUAGUUUCAAGGCAGAAGAGCAGUAAGGACUAGGCAAUGGGGGUCAAGUGACUUGCCAUAGCUAGGUAGUGUCUGAGGCUAGAUUUGAACCCAGGACCUCCUAGCCUAGAGACUUCCCAACCCACUGAACUAACUAACUUCCCCCCAUGCCUUACAUUUAUUUAUUUAGACCUUUAUUUUGGCAAAGUUUAUCGCAUAUAUCCACUUUCUCUUGGCCUUUGCUUUUACUGAUUUUUUUUUAUUCUUAAUUUUGUUUUUGUUCAGUCAUUUUCAGUUGUGUCUGGCUCCUUGUGACUCCUUUUGGGUUUUCUUGGAAUGGUUUGCCAUUUCCUUCCCCAGCUCAUUUUACAGAUGAGGAAACUGAGGUAAAAAGGGUUAAAUGACUUGCAGAGGGCCACAUAGCCAGUAAGAAUCUGAGGUUAUAUUUGAACUGAGUGUUCCAAACACCAGACCCAGCACUCUAACCGCUGUGCCACCUAGCUGUCCCUUCUGAACUUACCCCACACCAAAUAAAAUGAACACUUCCACAAACGUUAUAGGAUAGAAGGAGAGGAUUGUACCUGAAACAGAAUUUCUGUCAUGUAUAGCUUGCUUUUAUUUUUUAAGUGUAUAAUAAAUCCAGUGUAUUUAACUAUCAAA